AUGGCAGCCCUAACACAACUCUUCGGCAGAAUUUGUGGGAGGAGAUCGGACGCCUCACUAAUAGGAUGUCUCUACCCUGGGUUCUUAUUGGAGAUUAUAACUCCAUUCUGGGGCCGACGGAUAGGUGUGGAAGGGUGCCUUACCAAGAAGCUCGGACGUGACCUUUCAGAAGAUGCGUUGACGCAAAUGGCCUGUUCGACAUCAAUUUCACAGGCCCACGUUUUACUUGGCAUCGAGGAAAUCUCCGGAAACGCCUCGACUGGAGCUCUCUGCAAUAAGCUUUGGAUGACAAGGUUCCCACAAACGGCAAUGAGACAUCUCGAAAUGGUGGGCUCGGACCAUAGGCUGAUCCUCUUGAUGAGAGAUGCGCAAGAUACCAGCUCGGGUCCCAAGACAUUUCAAUUUCUCGCGGCCUAG